UAUCGCCGAAACCAUUUUUCAGUCGUCCUUCGUACUUUGAAGUCGUAAGCAAUGGCUCGUACCAAGCAAACCGCGCGCAAAUCCACCGGUGGUAAAGCACCAAGGAAACAACUCGCCACCAAGGCCGCGAGAAAGAGCGCGCCUGCAACCGGUGGAGUGAAGAAGCCCCAUCGCUACAGGCCCGGAACCGUCGCUCUCCGUGAAAUCCGUCGUUACCAGAAGAGCACCGAGCUCCUCAUCCGCAAACUGCCCUUCCAACGUUUAGUCCGUGAAAUCGCUCAGGACUUUAAGACCGACCUGCGCUUCCAGAGCUCCGCCGUGAUGGCCCUCCAGGAGGCCAGCGAGGCCUACCUCGUCGGUCUCUUCGAAGACACCAACUUCUUAUUCUCUGUGAAAAUGACUGGUCGUGGAAAGGGAGGAAAGGGAUUGGGAAAAGGAGGAGCAAAGCGCCAUCGUAAAGUGUUGCGUGAUAACAUCCAAGGUAUCACCAAGCCCGCCAUCCGUCGUUUGGCUCGUCGUGGUGGAGUGAAACGUAUCUCAGGAUUGAUUUACGAAGAGACCCGUGGUGUCUUGAAAGUGUUUCUUGAGAACGUGAUCCGUGACGCCGUCACUUACACCGAACACGCCAAGAGGAAGACCGUCACCGCCAUGGACGUCGUCUAUGCUCUCAAGCGUCAAGGCCGCACCCUUUACGGUUUCGGCGGUUAA